GGAGUCGAAACUUCUUGGUCGAAAGCAUAUAGACAAGGAUAGAGAGUCAGUGUCCCUGCGAAUAGAGAAAGAUGCUCGAAUAAACGAUCGCACAAUGUGGAAUUGAGCAUUGACGGAUUGAAAUGAGAAAUGACGUAACAGAUAACACACUACAUAACCUAUAAAUAAAAUAAAAUUUUGAUAAUUCGAUAUUUCAAAUAUAAAUUUAUGGAUAAUUCUAAAGAUGUAAAUAAUAAUGACAAUAAUAAAGAAGAAACCAAGGAACAACCGAAAGUUGAAGAUCAGUGGCUAAUACGGCGAUGUUUUAUAUACGAUGAAGAAUAUAGUGAUUGCACUUCUAUUCGAGCCAGAUUUCACCAAUAUUUUGUUCAUGGAAAAUCCAUAGAUUGUUCGCAAUGGAAAAAAGAUUCUGUAAAUUGUUAUAAAUGGGAAGAACGGCAAGAUGUAAAGGCAGCUAACGAAUUAAUACAGAGUGAAAAGCAAAGAAGGAAAGAAAGAUUAUUGCCUCAUUAUUCUAAUAAUGUGUGGACAAGGAGAAAAUCACCUCCAGAAAAUUGGAAUGAUCCUCUGCCAGAAUAUAUAACAAAAGACUAUGAACAUAGUUACCUCAAUAUUAAAUCUAAAGAAAUGAAAGGUGAAAUACCACCAUCCUUUGAUGUGAAUUACAAAUGUAGUAUAAUGUAAUUAAAUGAUGAUCCUAAAUUUAUGUAGUAAAUUUUUAUGAACGUAAAUACUGUCCUAAGCCAAAAAGCUGUAUCUCAGUUGAAGUGAGUUUUGAGAAAAAACAUUUUCUUAAAGUUGUUUUCUCAAUCCCCCAAGUCAAAAAAAAUAAUUUAGGUACUGCUGGAUUGCUUUAAAUUAUUUCUUGUUUUUUAAUAUUACUUUUGAAGUUCUUGUUGCAUAUGCAGCUAUUUACCUUAGUAAUAAUGGCAUAUACCUAAGCCUUUUAGUCAGUGGCGUAGCCAGACAUUUUUCAUGAGAGGGGUUUCUGAGCACUAUAUAGCAGAAAGUGACGCGAAGGCCUCCAUGGGGAGGUUCUGACCCCCCCCCCCCCCGUGUGGCUACGCCACUGCUUUUAGUAAAUACAAGUAA